CAGCAAAAAAGGAUUCACCACUCUCACUAUUCUCUUCUCCCUCAGAUCUGUCGUCUCGCCCACCUCCGACCCUCUGCUCCGACGAUGGCCUCCGUUACUUUCUCUCCGAUUACCGCUUCUUCUUCUUCUUCUUUGCUUUCUACCGUCGCUGCUGGACAGAGUUCGGUUAGGUUACCGGAGUUUAGAGGGCUCAAGGUCAGGUCGAGGAACGUCGCGCGCUCAAUUGGAUCGAUUAAAACGAGUCCCAACUCCAGAGUCUCUCGUGGUGCUCGAAUCGUCUGCGAGGCUCAGGACACUGCUGUUGAUGUGGCCUCUGUGACUGAUGCAACGUGGCAGUCACUGGUUCUCGAAUCUGAUUUACCUGUUUUGGUUGAGUUCUGGGCUCCUUGGUGUGGACCCUGCCGUAUGAUCCACCCUGUAAUCGAUGAACUAUCGAAGCAAUAUGCAGGAAAGCUCAAAUGUUUCAAAGUUAAUACUGAUGACAGCCCAUCAAUUGCAACUCAAUAUGGAAUUAGAAGCAUCCCUACUGUGAUAAUUUUCAAGAAUGGUGAGAAGAAAGAUGCAGUUAUUGGUGCUGUUCCCAAAUCCACCUUGACAACCAGCAUAGAGAAAUUCUUGUAGGCCAGUAGCUCGGGUCACCUUUCAUGAAUUCAGCUGUUUCAAUGGCUCAAGUCUAGAUACAUUGCUGCAAAAAUAAAACUUUUAUCCCCUGUAUAGUUAUCAAAUUCAGCUGUAUGAUCGCUUUCGUCUUAGAUUAUGUAAAUCACGCAUGUUUCUUAUUUGAAUGAUCAUUUGGGAAGUUUGUCUUUGUUAAUAUCUUCCAUUUCACCCA